CCAGGCCUCACCGAUGUUAUCCCAGCCAUGGAUAUCAUCGACAAACAGCUCGCCACUGAUGCCCUCAACCACGCCCUCGAUCCCGCUAUUCGUGUCGCUGUGAGCUUGGGCAAGCGCGCCAUCAAUCGCUACUAUAACAAGAGCGACGAAUCAGCGGUCUACCGUAUUGCAAUGGUUCUUGAUCCCCGCAACAAGCUCCAGUAUUUCCGUGACAACGCGUGGCCAGACGAAUGGAUUACGGACGCGCGGUUCUUGGUGCGGCAGGCCUACGACGAGGAUUGGAAGGGCCAUGGACUACCG